UUUAACCACAGCGGUCUGCAAUAAGGUUCUCGACUACAAUUAAUCCGUUAACACUGACAAAAAAGCUAACACCAUGUUGAAGUAUUUAAUUUUUUUUUCAAUUUACCUAGCGACGUAUGCGGUAAACGCAGAAAAGAGUGUACUCCUUAAUGACGCUCAACCAGUUAUGUCCAGUGGGCUUCAAAACACCCAAAACACGGUUGGUAAGAACGACGUAUUUGGCGAUUUGAAAAUGAACAAAAACCUUGGAAACAUGCAGACUGCAGUCAGAGGUAUGGGAACGACUGUGAACCGGUAUCCAAAUCCAGCGACAGGUAAUUCCCUACCUUUUUUACCUAUUCCACAACAAAACAAUAAACCGUCCAACAGCAACAACAUCAUACCACAACACCGAAAAAGAAGUAGAAACAACCGCAACAACAAUAAGAGGCAUUCGCAAUCAUACGGGUCACCAUCGUCGCUACCAUCACCUACCAGUACCGACAGGAAUAACAACUGGGCAAACUUUCAACCUGUAAUGGCGUCUCCGCAACAAUUACCGCCAUCUCCUUUCAGCAGUGAAUGGAAGAAUUAUUGGGAUAACUUUAACCCAUUCAAUACGCCACAAAUACCAUAUCCACCACCAACACCACAGAUUAAUGGAUCCAAUUACAACCCUAACAUUCCAUUCAACAGAUUUAAUAACAAUAAAAAUGAAAACUUUGGCUUUAGUAAUGGCAAUAACUUUAACCCAUUCAUGUCGCCGCAAAUACCAUAUCCACCACCAACACCACAGAUUAAUGGAUCCAAUUACAACCCUAACAUUCCAUUCAACAGAUUUAAUAACAAUAAAAAUGAAAACUUUGGCUUUAGUAAUGGCAAUAACUUUAACCCAUUCAUGUCACCGCAAAUACCAUAUCCACCACCAACACCACAGAUUAAUGGAUCCAAUUACAACCCUAACAUUCCGUUCAACAAUAACGAUGAAAACAUAGGCUAUAGUAAUGGCGGUUCAAAUAUAGUUGUUACUGAUGAUGAGGUCGUGAUUAACGGCAAAAAAUAUCCAGUAGAUUCAGCAAGUACACAAGGAAUAUCUGUAAUCAAUCAUGGUGCGGAUGGAUACACAAUCAAUGGGAAAAAAGUUCCAGCCGAUGUAGAAGGAAAUGUUAAUUCAUCUAACAAGGAAAAUUCGUUUAAUUCAGCUAACAAUAUACAAAAUUCCAAAUCAAAAGAAGGUGGUCAACAAAACAAUGAGAGUACAUCAGUUGAUAAUUUGUUGAGUCCAAACAUAAUUUACAGUAAUGAUGGAUUGACCUUUAACGGCAAAAAAAUUCCAAUAGAUGUAGUAAGAAAGCCUUUAAAUGAUAUUGAUGGUAGUGGGAAAACAUCAGUUGGGUUUUCGAUGAAUCCAAAUAUAAAUUAUAAUAAUAUUGAUGGACUCACGAUUGACGGCAAAAGAAUUCCAUUAGAUAAACUAGGAAAUCCAUUAAAUGCAGCUAAUAUAGACGGUAGUGGGAACAUAUCAGGUUCAAAUGUAGUAACUACUGAUGAUGAAGUCGUGGAUAACGGAAAAAAAUAUCCAGUAGAUUCAGCAAGUACACAAGGAAUAUCUGUAACAAAUAAUGGUGUGGAUGGAUACCCGAUCAAUGGAAAAAAAGUUUCAGCAGAUGAAGAAGGAAAUGUAAAUUCAUCUAACAAGGAAAAUUCGUUUAAUUCAGCUAACAUUAUUGAAAAUGCUAAAUCAAGAAAUGGUGGUCAACGAAGAAAAAAACAAAAACCACUACAAUUCAAAAAUUAAUUUGGAAAUUAAUACAAAUGGAAUAACGAGUUGAUAUUUUAAAGCAUUUUUAGACUUUAGUUGUGCAUUAUUCCUACAUAUAUGUAAAAUAAAUCAAUGUAUUACAAUAUAAAAACAUAUUAUUUUAAAUUAAUUACUAUACAAAUACAACUAUAAUAUUCUAUUUUCAAUUAUAUUAAAAACCCAAGUA